AUGGCACACCAGGCGGGGCACGAUGGGGACAUCAACAGACUAAAUGAGACCUCCUAUUACGCCGGGGCAGCCAACUUUGAGAGGUCUCGCCUUCUAUUGCCCCGUCGAGUCAGCCAUACCCUUCCUCCAUCAGAUGCCAUCGUCCCGUAUCUGGGUGAGACUGGAUUUGGCGACACGGUGCCGCUCAAGGACUUCAAUUUUGACAAUUCCCUGAUUUCGACACUCGUGGAGCGACGGCGUCUGGAGACGCACACGUUUCAUCUCCCGUGGGGUAAGGUGACUAUCAUCCUGCAGGACGUGGCGUACCACCUGGGUCUACGUGCACACGGGAACCCCGUUGGGGGGUGCCUGCGUGACUUUGGUAGGUGGUACAACACGGAGACGUGGGCCAUGGUAGAGCAGCUCCUUGGUGCCAGGCCUCCGGUGGCGGCACAGCAGGCGGCACAGAGGAAGGAGUCGUUCACGCUGAAGCUGGUUUGGUUGCGUGAUCGUGUUCACCAGAUGCCCCCGACCGACGAUCCUGAGACUCUCCGACAGUAUGCCCGAUGCUACAUUAUGUUACUGAUCGGAAGGUAUCUGUUGACAGACAAGUCGAACAACCUAGUGCAUGUACGGUGGCUACCGCUUCUACGGGACUUCGCGGAGUGCAGGGCAUUAUCAUGGGGCUCUGCUGUGCUGGCUUGGACUUACCAGUCACUCUGUUUGGUGGCACAGCGUGGCGUCACGGACAUUGCCAGUUGGUUGGAUUGUAGCAGUAGAGUAGGGAUUAGCACCAGGCCAGGGUGCUGUAUUAUAGGGUUUCGAUCGACCGGUUACGAUUUGAUGAGUUUGCAUGGAGGGUGUACGAUGACCCUGCGCUUCAGGCCCUGUGCCCGCACUGGUUCCGUGAGGAGGAGGAGUAGGGUACAUGGUUGUCGGCCGUUCUGA